GGCAAAGUGCAUGCUUUCUGUGUUAUGAAAGGUGGGAAGUGCUUGUGUUGGGUAACAGUGUGGUCUUCAGGUUACAUUACACAAUUUCACGUGUAAUGUAAAGCUCUGUGUCCUUCCCAUCUGCCCGCGACCCCACAGCAGCAGCAGCAGCAACAACAGAAGGAGAAUGGCGAAAAGAAAAGGCACUCAGCAGAAAUCGGACACAAAGAAACCGAAGCAGAUUGCAAACAGCAAAUCUGGAUCCAAAUCACAAAAAGCCAAAGAAAAUGGUAUGGUGACCAAAAAGAACCUCAAAAACUCCAGGGUGGCGUCUCGAGGGUCCAGAAAGGUGAAAGAUGUUUCUGAUGAGGUCACCAGCAAAUACUUCCAGGACAGCAAUGUUAAACCUGAAGAGCCAGAGGACAUGAGUGACCACAGUGAGGACCGGAUGAUCAAAGAGGACACUUUACCAUCAAAACAGGUCAAAGAAGAUGUGGACAGUGAGGAUGAGGAUGACUGGGAGGAAGUGGAAGAGAUGGCCGGACCGCUGGGUCCUGUGGACUCAUCAGAACUAGCGCUUGAGUCGAAACCUGUGGAGAUUGAGAUCGAGACUCCAGACAUGAUCCGCAAAAGGCAGAAGAAAGAGAAGAGGAAAGUAGAGUUUGAAACGUAUCUGCGGCGAAUGAUGAACCGCUUUAACAAGGACCUGCUGGUGGAUACACAUAAGGUUCACCUGCUGUGCUUAAUGGCCAGCGGUUUGUUCAGAAACAGACUCCUCUGUGAGCCUGACCUGUUGGCUGUGGCCUUGUCGUUACUGCCUGCCCACUUUACCGCGGUAUCCUUAAAACGCAUAAACAACGGCUUCCUGGAGGGGCUUCUCAAAUGGUUUCAGGUGACAUUCACAUUAAAUCCUGCCUUGCCAGAGGAGAAGGAUGUGGAUUUGAGGACUGUGCUGGAAAAGCGAAUGGGCUGUUUAUCAGCGAGGGACCAUGAGGAGAUGACCUACCUUUUCUUAUUGGUGUUGCGGUCAUUACGUCUCUUCUGUCGGUUGGUGCUGUCACUGCAACCCCUUCCUCUGAAGCCACCGCCUGCCACCAAGAGCAAGACCAUUCCUACCAAGAGCUCUCCUGAAAAAGCUCAAUCUGAGAAAUCCUCCCCAGAGCUUAAGAUAUCACCCGGAUCUAAACGCCCAUCAUCUGCCACUGCUGCAGCAAAAGAGGACAGGGGUGGAAAGAGAAAGAAAAAGAAAGAAGGAGAAGGAGACAAAGAAGCAGCAGGGGGCCAGAAACCCAAAAACAGCAGAAGAAGAAGUGUAGCUUCAAAGGUGUCAUAUAAAGAAGUCGGCAGUGAGGAAGAGGAGGAGCAGAGUGAAGAAGAGUUUCAGCCGAGCAAUGAGGACGACAGUGAAGACUCGGAUGGAGCCGUGAAAAUAUGCAGGAAAUCCAAAGUCAAAAGCAGAAGAUCAAGCAAAGUCAAACAGGAGGAGAGAAGCGAAGAGGAAGAGGAGGAGGAGGAAGAAGAGGAAGAAGAGAAAGAGGUGAAGAAACAAAGACGUAAAAAAAAGCAAGGGAAAGGGGCAGAUGAGUGGCUGGAGGUGUAUUUGGAGAACAGCGGGAGGUGGGUGUGUGUGGAUGUGGAUCAGGGUGUCGGGCAGCCGCAGCUUUGCUCUGAUCAAGCCACUCUUCCCAUCACUUAUGUGGUUGGGAUGGAUGACGAGGGCUUCAUGAAGGAUCUUGGCAGCAGGUAUGACCCCACGUGGCUGACAUCAUCACGGCGACGACGAGUUGACUCUGAGUGGUGGGAGGAGACUAUGGAGCUCUACAAGUCUCUGGAUACUGAAAGAGGACAGGAGGAGGAUCAGGAGAUGCAGGCAAAGUUACUGGACAAGCCAUUGCCAACUUCUGUCUCAGAAUACAAAAACCAUCCGCUGUAUGCACUGAAGAGGCACCUGCUGAAAUACGAGGCCCUUUACCCCGCUACAGCUGCUGUCCUGGGCUACUGCAGAGGAGAGCCCGUUUAUUCACGAGACUGUGUGCACACGCUCCAUUCUAGAGACACCUGGCUGAAGGAAGCAAGAACAGUUCGACUCGGAGAAGAGCCAUACAAGAUGGUGCUUGGUUUUUCCAAUCGUUCCCGUAAAGCCAGGAUGAUGUCGGAGGAGAAAAAUGUCAAGGAUCUGCCUCUUUUUGGAAUGUGGCAAACUGAAGAGUACCAACCUCCGAUUGCUGUAGAUGGCAAAGUGCCACGCAAUGAGUUCGGGAACGUGUACAUGUUUAAGUCGUGCAUGUUGCCAAUAGGAUGUGUCCAUGUGCGUCUGCCAAAUCUGCACAGAGUGGCUCGGAAACUGAACAUAGACUGUGCUUUAGCUGUGACCGGUUUUGACUACCAUUGUGGAUUUGCCCAUGCAGUUAAUGACGGCUAUAUCGUCUGUGAAGAACACGAAGAAAUCCUGAAAGCAGCCUGGGAAAAUGAGCAAGAGAUUCAGCAGAAAAAAGAACAAGAGAAGCGAGAGAAGCGUGCGGUGGCCAACUGGACUCUGCUGGUCAAAGGCCUGCUAAUAAAAGAAAGGCUGAAGCGUCGCUAUGGGCAGCAAGGCCUGGCAUCAGGGGCGGGAGUUAGGCAAGCAGAAGAAGGCGGGGCUGAAGGACUGUCCUCCGAUGAGGAGAAGGAAGGAGGGGCUCAGAGCACUCAAGCUCCACCCUCUCUGACUGCUUCAUGGCCACAGAACAGACAAGAGGAAGCAGAAGAUAAGAUCGUAAGACGUGUAUCUAAACGAGAGAAGCGCGGAGAGGAGAAACAUCUCUUCCCUUUUGAAAAAGCCUGACUAAAAUAGAUUUUAAUCACUUUACUGUAAUUCUAAAUGUUUUUUCUACAUUUAAAAGCUUGUUUCUCACUGUAACCGUCACCAACCUUUUAUAACUGUUAUAUGCCGACGAUUUUGUAGAUGUCAAAAAUGUAUACUUAGUCAUCUUUUCAUACUUUGCAUUUGUUUAUGCAUCAAAAUACAUAUUUUUUAUAGAACAUGCUGCUGGGAAAAAUAAUAAACAAAUGUUUUGUUGCA